AUGCGAUGUUUAUUUUGCAUAUCACUGAUGGCUAUAUAUUGGGUAUGCGAAGUGAUACCUUUAGCAGUUACAGCUCUUUUACCGAUCGCUUUAUUUCCCAUCAUUGGAAUUCUUGAUUCAAAAGCAAUUGCCAAAGAAUAUUUAAACGAUACGAAUUUCCUUUUUAUCGGAGGCCUCAUGAUUGCUAUCGCUGUUGAAAAAUGUGGUUUGCAUGAAAGAAUCGGACUGCGAGCAGCAACAUUACUUGGGCCACAAGCCAAAUGCAUGUUCAUCUCUAAUACAGCAACGACUGCGAUGAUGCUUCCUAUAACGAAUUCUAUAACUACACAACUAAUCCAAUUAGAAACAGAAGAAAAAUUAACAAAAUCAGAACUGGAUAUUGUCAAAGGUCUUAUAUUAUGUAUUGCUUUCGCGGCUAACAUUGGUGGAAUAGCAACAAUUAAUGGUACACCACCAAACCUCGUCUUCAUGGGACAGCUCGAAACGAUGUAUCCACAGCGAGAAACUGGUCUCAGUUAUUUAACGUGGAUGAUUAUUGCCUUUCCACUAAUGUUAUUUUGCCUUGCCAUCUGUUGGUUGUUCCUUUGGUUUUUCUUCCUACGCAACAUUUCUGUGGUCAAUAAUGAAGUACUGGUAUCUGUAGAGGAAUGUUAUGCAAAACUACCCAGAAUGAGUUUCGCUGAAAAAAUAGUUCUUGUUUGCUUUGUUGUUCUUAUUGCAUUAUGGGUAUUUCGUGAACCACAAUUUGCACCAGGAUUAGGAAGCUUAUUUCCAAAAGGGUAUUAUAGCGAUGCAACAAGUGCUGUUUUAAUUGCCAUACUUCUUUUCGCGUUACCCGAUGAUGUGCCAGAUAUUUUAUGCUUUUCGAAGAGAGGCUCAAUCAUGGAUUGGAAAACCGUACAAACACAUUUCCCUUGGAAUAUCGUUUUAUUACUCGGUGGUGGAUUUGCAUUGGCAUCAGGUAUUAAAUCAUCUGGAUUAUCUGAUGAAAUUGGUGGUUUUCUGUCAAAAUUAAAAGGAGUUUCAUUACCUAUUUUGCAAUUUUCAUUCAUUAUUAUGGCUAUGGCAACCACAAACUUAUGUAGUAACACGGCAACGGCGAGCAUUUUUCUUCCAAUUAUUGCGAGUCUUGCAGAAAAUAUAAAAGUACAUCCAUUUACUCUUAUGUUGCCUGUAACUAUGGCAUGCUCGUUUGCAUUUGCAUUACCCAUUGGUACUCCACCAAAUGCUAUCGCCUUCUCUUGUGGAAAACUUAAAGUAUCUGAUAUGGUAACUCUUCUUUUCGUUUUAUGUGGCACUAUUAUUUCUGUCGUGCUAGCUGUAAUUUUGCUUGCAUAUUUUUCAUCGUUCGCGUAUUUGAUUUUUCCUUUGAGCACACUACCAACUUGGGCGCUUUCAAAUUCAUCUUCAUUUGCAAAUGUAUAA